AUGAUUAUAAAGAUAGUCACGAAGACAAGUAUUACUGGAGUAGAGACUAUUUCUGACGAUCAGGAUGGAUGUGAUAUCGAAUAUGAAAAGGAGUAUUUGUUAUGGUUUACGAAUGGUGAGGUGACAAUGUGUGCAUUCAAGAAGCUGUUUGAGAUGGAGAAGCAGAUAAUGUUCUAUGUUGAUAAUUUUGAGUUUUUUCUGUACAAAAUGCGAUUGUUUAAGGACUGCACGUUUGAGUUUGUUGAAUGUGACUCUGAAGGUGACGAUAGAAGGAUUGAAAGAUACAUUGAUAUGGAAAAUAAAUUGGGAGGAUGUGAUGUGGCACGAGGAGUUGAGGUUUCAUUCAAGCCGGAUGUGUUUAGAUCAAUACGAACUUCGCUUACAAGGCCAGAUGUGUAUAUGUGUGAAGAAAGCAUGAGUACGGCAAUAUAUGCAAAGCUGAGCAAAAGAUACAAGUAUGAAGAUUUGAAGAGGAUGGUGAAGGAUGAUUAUGCAAAUGCAAGGUUUAUGAAUAUAUUAGACUUUGAUGAUGAUUUUGAUAGACAUCUGAAGAGUCUUGUAUUUGCAGGUGUUGUGAAGAUAUAUGGAGGCAUGUUUGGUAGAUGGAGUCAAUAG